AUGGCUAUAAACACCGACAGUGAGUUUGAGAAGUCGGGUCUGGCUGAAAGCGGCAGGGCGCAGCAGGAAACCGAGAAGCUGCUGCGUGAGGGCGGCGGGGCAGGAAACGGGCUCAGCAUGUCCACCUCGGGGACUCUCAGUGUAGCCGUGGAGAAAGGGGCUGAGAGCGAGCAGAACGGCCACGGGGCCCCACGCAGAUCAAGCUCGGUGGUGCAGCUCGCAUCAGCACCGCUGUCCUCCUCCAGACCGAGUCUGAGCCGCACCUCAUCCACCGGGAACGCGGUGCAGGAGCAGCCCAAGCCCAAAGACUACCUGCUGCUGGUCAUCCUGUCCUGCUUCUGUCCCGUGUGGCCCCUCAGCAUCGUGGCGCUCGUCUAUUCAGUCAUGUCCAGAAACAGCUUACAGCAGGGGGAUAUCGAUGGGGCAAGACGUCUGGGUCAUCUGGCUCGCCUACUCAGCAUCGUGGCAAUCAUCCUGGGCGUGGUUGCAAUUAUUACCUACAUUGUGUUCUCAGUGAGCUAAAGAACGGGAACACCCAGCCUAUGAGAAAUAACC